GUACAGGAAUUGCAUCAUACAGUCUCAUGGAUUUGGCUACUCAAUUCCGUGGAUUGUCAUGGAGUAUUGGAGGGGAUGACUCACUGGAGAACGUAACAACUCUGCCUAAUAUCUUUCGAGAGUUCAAUGCUAAGAUCGAGGGCUAUUCCACUGGCACAGGGAGUGAGAAUGACCCAAACGCAUUCCUUAACCAGGCGGUUCCAGGAGCACAGGCUGAGCACUUACCAGCCCAAGCAAGAGCUCUCCUGAGACUAAUGAAGACUGAUUCUAGAAUUGACUUCAAUGCUGACUGGAAAAUCAUAACAGUGCUUAUUGGAGGCAAUGAUCUAUGCAACUAUUGCAAAGACCCUCAUCACUACUCAGCUGUAAAUUUCACCAGUAGAAUUCAAGAAACUCUUGAUAUUCUGCAUGAACAGGUACCAAAAGCUCUAGUGAGCUUAGUUGGAGUAAUGGACAUCCUCAGUAUGAGACAGUUGUUUGUGGACACUCAAGUUCAGUGCCCCACUUACUUGUCAGAUUGUGUUCUCACAGGAGAAGAAAACUCAGAAAACUUAACAAUGGUGAGGGAAGCCAUUAGAGCUUACCAGCUUGGUAUUCAAAGACUGGUGGAGUCUGGCAGAUACGAUACUCAUGACAAUUUCACAGUGGUCAUCCAGACUUUCCUCCAAAAUUCCAAGAUUCCUUUUGGUCAGGAUGGGCAUCCUGAUAUCUCCUACUUUGCACCUGACUGCUUCCAUCCAAGCCAGAAGGGCCAUUCUCAGCUUGCCAAGGCUCUCUGGAAUACUAUGUUGCAGCCUGUAGGCCAGAAAGCUGACUCAUUUGACUUCGUCACUGACAUUGUCCUCAGCUGCCCGACUCAGAAUAACUCUUUCCUGAGUACAAAUAAAAAUAGCAACAACACAAAUCCUCCUGUGCUUCCCACCAGUGAGCCAACAGAGAAUUGGGGCAGUGACCUGUCAUGUUCUGAAAAGACUCCAUCCAGUCGUGUCCCAACAUCAGUACAUGAGCUACACCCUGCUGACAUCAAAGUCAUUGGAGCAUUGGGAGAUUCCCUGACUACUGCGGCAGGAGCCUGCACAACUGACCCACAAGUGGACUGGAGGGGAUGUUCCUGGAGUAUUGGAGGUGAUGGCACCCUGGAGACCCAAACCACUUUACCCAAUAUCUUGAAAAAAUUCAACCCAAACCUCUUUGGCUUCUCCACUGGCAACAGUAAGGAAGCAGCUGGAUUCAAUGCUGCAGAGAGAGGUGCCACUUCACGCAAUAUGCCAGCCCAAGCACGUGAACUGGUGGAGCUAAUGAGGAGCAGCUCGAAUAUUAACUUCAAGGAGGACUGGAAGCUGAUCACUAUCUUCAUUGGAGGCAAUGACCUGUGUCAGUACUGCUUGGAUAAGGAAGCGUAUUCAGUGCAAAACUAUGUAAAGCACCUCCAGGACACUCUGGAUAUUUUCUACACAGAGGCUGAAGCCUUACAGCUGGUCAACAGUGGUCGGUACGAACAGCGUGAGGACUUCGCAGUUGUUGUGCAGCCAUUUUUCCGAAACACCAUUUUGCCUAUGGACAGCAAUGGCAAGCCAGAUCUGAGUUUCUUUGCUGCAGACUGCUUUCAUUUCAGUGAAAAAGGCUAUGCUGAGAUGGCUAUGGCUCUCUGGAAUAAUAUGAUGGAACCAGUUGGUGAAAAGCAGACUUACAACAACUUUACCUAUGACAGAUCAAAACUCAAGUGUCCAAACCUUGGGAAACCUUUUCUUUCCACACUGAGAAACAGUGGAUUCAGGAAUUCAGCUCUCAACUUGGAGAAGACGGAACCUUCAGUCCCCUACUGGGCUGUCAUUGUGGCAGCAGUAGCUGGAGUCCUGGUGGGCUCUUUGCUCCUCUGGGCUGUGUCAGGAAGAAGAGCCAGGAGACACCGAUGUGAGAUCGAUGCAGAAAAGAACAUGAAAACAACAUCUCUGUAAAGCCAAUGGAACGAACAUUUGUCUCUGGAGAAUUAAAAAACAGUUGGACAUUCAUCAAACUUUGUUUUUUAGCCAGGAAUUUUUGGGCCCACAGGUAUUGAUCAGAAAGGCAUUGUAGGGCUAGCUUCUGCAGAUCAGCGAGGUGGACGAUGAAGUUCAAAAUGUUAAAGCUUUUUCAUGCUGGGAUGUGCUUCUCAGUUUCUUGAAUAUUACACAGGACUUAUUCAUGCACCUUGGCACCUUAUUUGUCCCUUUUUCCUAUAAAACUCUGUGUAUAAAAUGUUAGACGUCCAUGAUUGUGACCUGGUGUUCCCCAGUGGUAAGGUGUGAUAAAGAAGAAAAGUAGCGAUUUCACCUGUUAGAUUCCAAUAAGACCACUGAGCUGAUGGUGCUAUGGUCAUACUAGAACCUUCAGGAAAGUACACAGGAAAGUGCAAUGCCAAGGAAACAUCCUCUAGCACCUUCUGAUCAAUCAUGUAACAGAAUGAUCUGGCUCAUGUGGUACCUGUUCAUGUUCAGUUCUCUCAGAUUGGAAUCACUGUGGUCGUUCUCUCAGGAAGAAUUUGCAAAGUUUUUUCAAAGUUCUCAGGAGUUCAGAGUUGAUCUUUUCCGGUAGUUAGACAUCCCUUGUGUGAUACUUGCAUAUUACAUAUAUUCACUGUGACCUUGUUUGUCAGUACCUUUAUUUCACAUGCCAAACACUUUUAUUUUUGAUUUUAUUGAAACUAAAGUGUAGUUUGUA